AUGUUGGCCACCCAUUUAUUGGCAAAGUUAGUUCCGAAAUGUACCUCUAGGCGGCAGCCUAUUGUUUCCUGCAAGUUCGUUGGAAAUUCCGUGGAAAUAUUACCUCCUUACGAAAACGUGUCGGUACAAAGCAGAUGCAAUACGGAUUCUUUAUUGGGAACUGGGCCACGGAUCAGCGAUGCGUCACAAGAUUCAUUUUUAUCACAAACCUAUAAAGCUUUAUCUCUUGCCAGAACUUCCGAUAAUUCAGGUGUUUCCGCUUUUGCUCCACAGAAGUGCCUGACGACUCUGGACCUAACGUCCUUGGGGGUUGGCUCCUGCGUUGGGACAGGGAUGUAUCUAGUCGCAGGGAUGGUGGCGCGCAGCGUCGCUGGACCAGGCGUCGUCAUCUCGUUCAUAAUCGCGGCCAUUGCUUCUAUUUUUUCCGGAGCAUGUUACGCCGAGUUUGGAGUACGAGUGCCUCACACGACUGGCAGCGCUUACAUGUACAGUUACGUCACCGUAGGCGAAUUAAUGGCAUUCAUUAUUGGAUGGAACAUGAUACUGGAGUACCUUAUAGGUACGAGCGCGUGUGCUUGCGCCCUUAGCGCCUGUCUGGACGCUCUCGCGGAUGGCGCCAUUUCCAAAGCGAUAGCUAACAGCGUGGGAACUAUUUUCGGUCGACCACCUGAUUUUCUCGCGUUCGUCAUCACCAUACUAAUGAUGUUGCUAAUGGCCGCGGGUGUGAAGAAAUCUCUGGUGUUCAAUAACGUAUUAAACGCCAUCAAUCUUGCCGUGUGGGUGUUCAUCAUGACGGCGUUC